AUGUCACUGCCCUCUUGUUUCAGAGUAUAUGAUUGUCCACCAGGCAUUUCGACAAACCGGGAUUUCAAAGUGGAAAUCCGGCCAACCCAAGAUCAUACCCAGCAGUGGAAUCUGAUACCUUCAUACGCCAUAGAUGUCUCCAGUGCGAAUAUCGCGUCGAACGACUUUCACCGGUAUACCGUCGCACUGGCAUCAUUUGAUUUGAUUGGUCAUGUCAGGAUAAGAGUCACGUAUACCGCAUCUUCGGUACAUUCGGCAGUGAUUCGACCACUUUCACUCGGUGUUAAGCCUGAGUUGGAAGAUAAUCAAAUCACUUUUACACUGGAAGAAGCUCGAGAUGUGAUGCUUGAGCUGAAUGGGAGUAAAUGGAAGGCGCUGCACCUUCUUAUAAACUCGAUCGAGAAAAAUUCUCCGACCGAAGAUACCGAAGACCUUUGGUAUUUUGGGCCAGGUAUCAACCAGGGAUCUGCAUUUGCAAGGGUGACCGAUGGGGUCAAUCUAAUGGUUCCAUCGGGAAAGACAGUCUAUCUCGCAGGUGGAGCUUUCAUCACCUGCCGGUUGAAUUUCGUCAAUGUGUCGAAUAGUGCGGUUCGAGGCCACGGAUUCAUACUCGGACCAAAGGGAGGUUAUACCUACCGUGAACACGGCGGUGCGAUCCACAUGAGUCGUGCGAAAACCAUCCAGGUUGAAGGAGUAACAUCGCUCGGUGCAAACGGGUUCAGUCUAUCGGUGGGAGAGUGCCACAACGUGCUUAUUGACAGGUACCGAUCCUUUUCAUACGCCGGCAACGGUGAUGGAAUCGACAUUUUCUGCUCGACCGGAAUCACUAUCCAAAAUUGCUUCUUGCGGAAUUCGGAUGAUACUAUUGCGCUGUACUCGCAUCGCUGGGACUGGUAUGGUGACUCGAAAGACAUUUUGAUUCAGGAUUGUGUUCUCCUCCCCGACGUUGCCCACGCGAUUAACAUGGGCACCCACGGCAACCCUGCGCAGCCAGAGACUACUAGUAACGUAAAGAUCAGAAAUAUAGACAUUCUGGACCACGAUGAAAUCCAACCAUGGUAUCAAGGUUGCAUAGCAAUCAACGUUGCGGAUAUGAACCUAUUCCAAGAUAUUCACAUUGAAAACGUUCAAGUCGAGAGAAUCACGCGGGGCCAACUUUUCAACAUCCGGGUCAUGAAGAAUGAAAUGUGGACCACCGCUCCUGGGCGCUCAAUUCGAAAUGUCACUUUCAAAAAUGUGGAAUUGAUGGCGGGUAAUUCAGGUCGAGUGAACCCGUCUAUGAUAUUAGGUUAUGAUGUUGACCGAAAGGUUGAGGAUAUCACAUUCGAGAAUCUCAAAAUCGGAGAUGACAUCAUUCAUGAGGAAAUGAAAAGGCCUAGAUGGUAUAUGGUGUCGGAUUUGGUACCUUUGUUUGCGAAUGAGCAUGUACAGAAUUUGAAAUUCAGCAAAACGAGAUAA